AGUGUUAAACAACAAACAACAACAUAAACGAACAGACAAACAUCUGGAUCGAAGGAUAAAAAAUCGAGGGAAUCGAAUUGGGGAAUUUGGGCUUGAUGGGAAGGCUAUUCAUAGAGUCAGUGAGUGGCCCGAAGAUCUUCAAAUGCAAGUGUUGCGAGGUGGACACUGCCUCCCACAGCGAUAUCGUUUCCAAGGAUUUUCAGGGCCGUCUCGGCAAAGCCUACCUCUUCAGAAAUGUGGUGAAUAUAUCUCUUGGGCCUAUUGAAGAGCGGUAUUUGAUUAGUGGAUUGCAUAUUGUGAAUGAUAUUUACUGCAGCUCUUGCCAACAAAUUCUGGGUUGGAAAUAUGAGAAGGCUUAUGAGCCAAGUCAAAAGUAUAAAGAAGGAAUGUACAUACUGGAGAGGGAACGGCUGCUGAAGGAGAGGCGGUGAUGCCAUUGACAUUAAAAAUUUGCAAGAUAGAACAAACAUCUCUGUGUAAUAAUAGACUGUUAAAAGUAGGUUAUGUAAGUAGACAGUGGUUAAGUAGCUUGUGCGAGAUUAUGAUUAUGAGAACCAAAGCACAAGUGUAGUGUUUAAUAUAGAGGAUCGCUCGAUUUGUGUUUUCCAGAGGGAUCUUUAGAAAACUGGGGGAACAUCGUGUGUCAUAUUUUGUAGCUUAAUGAUACUGCUUAACUCGGGUACUAAGUUGCCCACAUUUUACCUAUCGGCUAAUAUUCUGUUCUAUGAUUUAUGUUGAGAACAUAAGCAACUAUAGAUUUGGAUGGUUGUUCUUCAGAUGGAAUGGAAGUA